CCUUGUAAUACCUCGACCAAUUGUAUCUUUUCAAAUAAAAGAAGCGCGAUAAAUAAUUGUUGGUGUGAAUACGUCAUAGCUCGACUUUAUUAUCAAUCAGCACUUGAAAUGCAAGAACAAAACUCCAAAGAUUUGACAUGGGCAUUGGGACUGAAUAAAUGGGGUGCCAAGCUGUUAGGCGUGUGGCCAAGUGAUACAAAUGACCAGUCAACGGACGACAGUAAGGAACCUUGGCACGUCCGUUUUCGGAUACCUUUUAUGAUAGUGUUGCUACUAUUUUGGAUAUGUCUGCCACAAACCUGGGCACUUGCGCUCGAUAUUAAUAAUUUGUCCUUGGUUGUCAACAAUCUCAUGACCAAUGCCGCAGCCUUCUCUGGAUCUAUUAAGCUUUUCUUUCUGUGGCACAGUAAAGAAGUAAUGCGACCGGUUGUCGAGUUGGCAAGGAGCGACUGGAUGCGAGCAAAGAGCGUUGGCGAACGCGAACUGAUGCUGAGGCGCGCGACUCACAUGCGAUUUGUGACACUAGUCGAUUACGCGGCAAUUAUACUCAGCCUCUUUAGUUUCCUCAUUUUUCCCUUGCUCCACAUCGACAUCCGACUAAAGAGCAACAUCACCGACUACGCUGAUCGUCACCUACUCGUCCAGUCUUAUUAUCCUUUCGACUACUCCAAGACGCCGUACUUCGAGCUAAGUCUGGGACUACAGUAUCUCGGAGCUUUGUUCGCUGGUUUGUCUAUCACCGUACCGGAAAGUUACUUUGGCGCGCUUGUUAUGCACAUAAGCAGUCAGUUCGAGAUUCUAAGCCUGGGGCUCGAGCGGUGCGUCGAUGGAUGUGGCUCCGUGAGCGACGAGCCUCGCUUGCCGAGACUUGUUGAGAGACACGUACACCUCGUUGCUAUUGUCCGGGCUGUUGAGCGCUCGUUUACCUACGUCAUUCUCGCUCAGGUAUUUGGCACCUCCAUCAUUGUUUGCAGCUCUGGCUUUCAAUUUCUCGGGAUAAUCGGAGCUAGCUCUCAGCAAGUACCAGUUUUACAGGUGAUUACCGUUCUCUGUGUCAUAGUUACCUUCAUGAUUCACACGCUCCUUGACUGUGUCGUUGGUGAAAUUCUUACAACACGAAUCGAUAGCUUGUGCCAUAGCAUUUACAAAUGCCGAUGGUAUUCAGUUGCCAAUAAGACAGCGCGAAAUUUAAUACCAAUGAUGAUUAUGUCAAUGGCACAAAAACCUUUAACGGCUGGCAAAAUUUUGCCACUUUCACUUCAUACCUACUGUAUUAUUUUGAAGUCUAUAGUCGGUUACAUCUCCAUGCUGGUCGCUGUCAAUACAAAAUAAAUGAUAUGAAAUAUGUAAGUUAUUUUACUCCUCGCAAUAAAG